AUGCAUCACCUAUUGGACAUAACGCUGGACUCUAUUAGUUACGGCGAAACAGCAGUUCCUUUGCGACUGCGAAGAUCAGCUCCUUUAUCAAACAUCAGUUAUGUUUCCUGGAAUGAAAGUUACGAGACUCUGGACUAUUAUGAGGAGCCAAUGGAAGUUUGUAAUUCUCUCUACUUCGUGCUGGAUUUUUCGCACCAGUACUACAUACCAUUUAUCAUUCUACUUGGGCUCGUGGGUAAUUUAUUAUCCUGUGUGGUAUUUCUAAACACGCACUUGAAGAUGAGAAGUUCGAGCUACUACUUAGCAGCUUUGGCAACAGCAGAUUUCACGUUUCUGGUGACGCUGUUGUUGGUCUGGUUGAACAGCACAGUCGGGUGGAAAGUGUUUAACAAAGACGGAUGGUGUGAGAUUAUUGUGUAUAUUAGCUCAGUAUGCAGCUCCCUUAGUGUUUGGCUGAUAGUAGCGUUCACGGUGGAAAGGUUUAUUGCAGUCCAAUACCCUUUACACAGGCCACACAUGUGUACAAUUGCAAGAGCAAAGGCAAUCGUUCUCUUCUUGGUGGUGCUAUCAUUGGCGAGUCAUUCGUAUACGUUUGUCACAGCGGGAGUAGUUAAAAUGCAAGAUGGGUCCGAAGUCUGUGAAAUGAAGAGUGAGCACUUAGAGACAAUGAGAAUCGUGAGCAUCGUUGAUAGUAUUGCAAGUUUGAUAGCACCGUUAGUUAUGAUUAUUGUAAUGAACACAAUGAUUACUAGAAAUCUGCUUAGAUUUAGCAGGAGAUUCAAACACGAUCCUGGGGCCAGCUGCAACCAAUAUCCCACAUCCGAAAUCAAUAUCAAUCAGAUUCCGGUGAGUGUUUGA